UUUUAAACCUAACCAUAACCACACUGCUAAUCUAAUGCUAACCCAACCCUUAAAUUAAGACUCAAAAGCACAUUUUUAUUUUCAUGAAUUUUGACGAUAUAGCCAAUUUUGCCUUUGUGAUUCUGUAACGUGAACUAAUGGAAGCAGGCACUCAGAGGGCAACAGCGGUGCGCAGAGAAGGUUGACUGAGUGAGGUGUAUGAUUCACACUGGGCUAACAGUAGUUAGCAAGAGCUCACUGAAAAGUUUGAUCCAAAAUGUACUUUAACCAGCCAGCUACCAGACACGGAGACUGUACUGCAAGCAUACAAGACAAACUAUUUGACAGUAUUGACAGAUGAAUUGGGAUUUUUUUUUACAAGUUCAGAGCUAGCUAACGUAAGCUAGCUAGCGUUAGCUAGCUGCUAGCAAACAACACCUCACAGCCAGCGAAUCGAAUCAAGUGCUAAUGGACACGUUUUGGUAACUUCACCGGUACACAUUCUUUGGAAAAGCAAGCAACAUCAUUGAGAAAGGGGAGACCAUGUCAACAACAUCAUGACAGACAGGGAAGAGGCGCUUUAGCACCCUGACCACAAGGUAAGGAGCCAUGGAUGUGUUACAGCAGCUACCUUCCCCUGAGCACCUUGAACAGGUGAAUGGGGAGACUAGGACAGGCCCGCAGCCCCUAUGUGGCCCAAACUCUCCACAUCCCCUGCUCAUGGCAGCUGAUGAUAUAUGGACUGCAAGGGAGGUGGAGGCAGUGGCCCCUGACUUUGGAGGGUUGACGGACCUGCAGGAGCUGGGGGUUGAGGAGGGUGAAGGCAGUGGGGCGGAGAGGCCGAGGUCCCCCAUCUCGAGGGUAUCAUGGAAUGGGACUGGCAGCCAACAGAAUGGAGAGAAUGGAGGAGGGGAAGAGGAGAGACUGGGGAAGGACAAUACUAGCUACAGCAGACAAGACAGUCCUGCUGCUGAUAACAACUAUACAGACCUGUCUCACACGUCGUCUCCCUCGCUGUCGGAGCAGCUGCGUCUGGGACGGGAUGAGGCCACAGGGCCUGGUAUCAACGUGGGGUGUAGGAUCUGUGCUGACAAAGCUUCAGGGUUCCACUACGGUGUGCAUGCCUGCGAGGGCUGCAAGGGCUUCUUCCGGCGGACCAUUCGGAUGAAGCUGGAGUACGAGCGCUGUGAGAGAGCCUGUAAGAUCCUGAAAAAGAACCGUAAUAAGUGCCAGUACUGCCGCUUCCAGAAGUGCCUGGCCCUGGGCAUGUCCCAUGACGCGAUCCGGUAUGGGCGUAUGCCGGGGGCUGAGAAGAAGAAGCUAGUGGCUGGCCUGCUAGCAGAGGAGCUGGACCCCCACCACCUUGGUGGCUCAGACCUCAAGACCCUGGCUAAACAGGUGUACCGAGCCUACCUGAAGAACCUCAUUAUGACCAAGAAGAAAGCCCGCAGCAUCCUCACCGGCAAGACCAACUGCACAUCGCCAUUUGUGAUCCAUGAUGUGGACACCCUGUGGCAAGCAGAGAGUGGUCUAGUGUGGAACCAGUUAAUCCCGGGCGCGCCCCUCACAAAGGAGAUAGGGGUACACGUGUUUUACCGCUGUCAGUGCACCACGGUGGAGACGGUACGAGAGCUAACUGAGUUCGCCAAGAACAUCCCAGGGUUUGUGGAUCUCUUCCUCAACGACCAGGUGACACUACUGAAGUAUGGCGUCCACGAGGCCAUCUUCGCCAUGCUGCCCUCCCUCAUGAACAAAGAUGGCCUCCUGGUGGCCAACGGGAAGGGCUUUGUGACCCGGGAGUUCCUGAGGAGCCUCCGUAAACCCUUCAGUGAGAUCAUGGAGCCCAAGUUUGAGUUUGCUGUGAAGUUCAAUGCUCUGGAGCUGGAUGACAGUGACCUGGCUCUGUUUGUGGCCAUUAUCAUCCUGUGUGGAGACCGCCCAGGGCUAAUGAACGUGAAGCAGGUCGAACAGAGUCAGGACGGUAUUCUCCAGGCCUUGGACCAGCACCUGCAGGCCAACCACCAGGACUCCCUCUACCUCUUCCCCAAGCUGCUGAACAAGAUGGCCGACCUCAGACAGCUUGUCACAGAGAACGCCUUGCUGGUGCAGAAGAUCAAGAAGACAGAGUCGGAGACCUCUCUGCACCCUCUACUACAGGAGAUCUAUAAGGACAUGUACUGACUGGACUAAACCAGACUGAACAUGUACUGACUGGGCUAAACCAGACUAAACUGAACUGGACUGGGUCUUCUGAUAGUGCAGGAUUUCAACAAGGACAUGUACUCGUCUCCUCAAAAGUAGUGCACAACAUAGGGAAUAGGUUGUCAUUUCGGACACACCCCUAGUCUGAGACCUCAUUGCUCCCGCUACUGCAGGAGCUCAACAAGAACAUGACUGGACACAGUGGCCUAAACCGGACCAACUCGGACUAGACUUUGUUGCAUCUGCUCCUACAGGAAUUGGACUAAACCAGAUUUAACAGGAUCGGACCGUACCUUGCUGCACUCUCUACUGUAGGAGAUCUAUAAAGACAUUCAUGUACUAGUCCUCCUCAUAAGCAAAGCCACACUGUUCAAUUCAAUACUUUAUUGUCCCCUUAGAGCAAACCCUGACUUAGCAAAUAGUGUCCCCUUAGAGCAAAUACUGACUGUAGUUGACAGCAAUAUGUUUACAUAAUGAUGUUAUGUAUAUAUUAAUGUACAAUACCAAUCAAAUGUUUGGACACACCUACUCAUUCCAGGGUUUUUCUUUAUUUUUACUAUUUUCUAUAUUGUCACCUGGAAUACAUUGCAAUUAACAGGCGUGCCUUG